GCCGAGCCCCGCCGCCGGAGCCACGGCACCGCCGCAGCCCGCGGAGGGCUCUGCCUCGCUGCUCUUUAUUUGUUUUGCCUCCUCUCUUGCUUUUUUGUCUGGGGUUUCUUUGGUUGAUUUUUUUUUUUUUGUCCUCAAUUUUUUUUUUUUUUUUUAAAUCGCAUUUUCCACCCCCCCCUCCACCCCUCUCCCUUCUCGCCCUUCCCUCUCCACUCGCCCGGGCUCUGCGGAAGGAAGCGCCCGCGCUGCCCCGCGGCCGGAGCGCCCCGCGCCCGCCCAGAGGGGCCCCGUGGAUGUGCGGAGCUCCCCCCGGAGCCCUCCCGCCACCUCUUUGUCCCCACACACCUACGAUCUUUUUUUUUUAAAUUCCCUAUUUUUUAAAAUUUUUUUUUUAAUUUUCAAGCAGACCUGAGCAUCACCGGGGGCUGGGAGGGUGGGGGGCCCCGCGGCGCUGCCAGACCGACCCCUGCCCAUCGCUCUUAAGGAACUCUCAUGGCUUCACGGCUGCAGACAAGUUGCCGUGCAUCGUGGUGGACUAUCGGAGUUUGCAUCCUGGCAGCCGCGCUCCUACCAGGGCUGCAAGCUCAGACUGUCUUGGUCAAUGACUCGGUGUCGGGGUUCAUCGGCACGGACGUGGUGCUGCACUGCAGCUUCACCAACCCGCUGCCCAAUGUGAAGAUCACGCAGGUGACGUGGCAGAAAGCCACCAACGGCACCAAGCAGAAUGUGGCCAUCUACAACCCUGCCAUGGGCGUGUCCAUCCUGUCCCCCUACAAGGAGAGGGUGAUUUUCCGGAACCCUUCCUUCAAGGAUGGCACCAUCCAGCUGUCCAGGCUGGAGCUGGAGGAUGAGGGUGUUUACAUCUGGGAGUUUGCCACUUUCCCAACCGGCAACAGGGAAGGGCAGCUGAACCUCACCGUGCUGGCCAAGCCCACGAACUGGAUGGAGGGCACCAAGAGGCCACUCAUCGCCAAGUCUGGCAGGACAGAAAAGAUCCUGGUAGCCACCUGCACCUCCUCCAACGGGAAACCCCCCAGCACCGUCACCUACACGAAGCUGAAAGGGGAGGCCGAGUUCCAGGAGAUCCGGAACAGCAACGGCACGGUGUCGGUGAUCAGCCGCUACCGGCUGGUGCCCAGCCGCGAGGCGCACCGGCAGCCGCUCACCUGCGUGGUCAACUACCAGCUGGAGAGGUUCACCGACAGCAUCACCCUCAAUGUGCAGUAUGAGCCAGAAGUCACCAUCGAGGGCUUUGAUGGCAACUGGUACCUGAACCGCAAGGAUGUGAAGCUGAUCUGCAAAUCUGAUGCCAACCCCCCAGCUCACACCUACGAGUGGAAGCUGCCAAACGGGACCCUGCCAGGGAGUGUGGAAAUCCAGAACAACACCAUCUACUUCAAAGGGCCCGUGUCCUACAGCGUGGCCGGCACCUACGUCUGCGAGGCCACCAACGCCAUCGGGACACGCUCGGGCUUGGUGGAGGUCAAUGUCACAGAAUUUCCCUACACCCCGUCUCCAAUCGAUGAUCCCAAAUCCAUGGUGCAGCCGAACAUCCCCACACCGGUGAUUGGGGGCAUAGUGGGAGGCGUCUCGCUGGUCCUGCUGGUGGCCGUGGUGCUCUUUGUGGUACUCCGGCGCCGGCGUCACACCUUCAAGGGUGACUACAGCACAAAGAAGCACGUGUACGGCAACGGCUACAGCAAGGCUGGCAUCCCACAGCACCACCCCCCCAUGGCCCAGAACCUGCAGUACCCCGACGACUCGGACGACGAGAAGAAGCCGGGCCCCUUGGGCGGCAGCACCUACGAGGAUGAGGAUGAGGAUGCGGGAGGAGAGCGCAAGCUGGGCGGCCCCAAAGCCUACGAGGAGGAUGCCAAGAGGCCUUACUUCACCGUGGACGAGGGCGAGGCCCACCCCCAGCCCUACGACGAGAGGACACUCGGCUUCCAGUACGACCCCGAGCAGCUCGACCUGGCCGACAACAUGGUGUCGCAGAACGACGGCUCUUUUAUUUCCAAAAAGGAGUGGUACGUGUAGCUCCACGCCCCUGCUACACUCACACACCAAACACACAC